AUGAACGUGGACAGGUGUGUCGGGGUAACCGUUUGGGGCUUUACCGAUAAAUACUCUUGGUUGAUUGAUAAGGGUUAUGGGGAACAGCAGUUAUGGACUCAGGAUUAUAAACCCAAACCCGCCGUAGACGCUGUCGAUAAACACACGAAAAUGCUGUCCACGUCAAUCAUUUUAAUCGCGGUAUUGAUUGUGUAA